AUGAACCUACUAGGCAAGGUUGUGAUCGUUACGGGCGCUAGCUCUGGUAUCGGUGCUAAGACAGCGGAGUUCUUCUGUAGAGAAGGUGCGAACGUGACGCUAGUAGCCAGAAACAAGACCAAAUUGAAGAAAACCUCAGAGAAGUGUGGAGCUGUUGGUGGUAAACACAUCGUCAUCGUAGGCGACGUGGCUAAAGAUGAAGACACUAAGAGAAUCAUAGACAACACGAUCAAAGAGUUUGGGAAACUAGAUGUGCUGGUUAACAACGCCGCUGUUGGAAGUUAUGGUAACAUUUUGGAUGGAACCUUCAUGAAGUCUUACGAUAGUUCUGUCGAUAUCAACCUACGUGCUGUGUUACAGCUCACUUGUCUGGCCGCACCAUAUCUAGUUAAAACUAAAGGAAACAUAGUGAACAUUUCCAGUAUAGCUGGUAUUACUGCUCCAAAGAGCACUGUUGGAGCUUAUGGCUUAUUAAAAGCAGCCCUCAUUCAUUUCUCCAAAAUAGCUGCAGGGGAAUUAGCAUCGUCAGGGAUACGCGUUAAUACUAUUUCUCCUGGUCCAGUUUACACAGAUAUAAUAGAAAAUAGUGGAGGCUCGUUCACUUUCGAUAACCUGAGGCACGCAACUUUAUUGAACAGGAUAUCCGAACCCGACGAAAUUGCUGAUCUCAUCUUGUAUUUAGCCAGUGACAAAGCCAAAGGUAUCACCGGUUCUAAUUUUGUUGUCGACAAUGGAAGCCUUUUGAAGAGGGAUUUGAGAUGGGAUCUACAAGGAGAGUGGAAAGGAAAACCGCUCCCGAAGAUAGGAUGGAUACGAGGGAUGGAAGAGCAUGUUGAAAAGGAGGCAAAGGAUUCUCAAAUUCCUGCGCAGACGUAUAGGAAGCCACUUGAGUUCUUUACGAAAUUUGGAAACAUGGUCAUACUUCCGUAG